CAUCAACCGAUAGAUGGCGUUAUUUUUCAUUUGUAUCAAAAUGGCUUCCAAUGGUAACUACAUAGUUUGUGACUCGUAUGAUAGAACAGUGGAGAAAACCAGAUUGGUUAGAAAUGUGAUAACAGAAUUCACAGGAAAUCCUCCUAAAGAUUACCAGCACAUCCACGGUGUAAAGACGGUAAUAGAGAAUUAUCCACAUCCAAAUGUUCACAGUCUACCUUCAAGUCACACAAUACCAGUAGGACCUGGAGAUGUUUGGGAGAAAAUGACUGAUUGGGAUCAGUUAACUGCAGCAGAACAAAAUUCAAAUAAAGACUUCCUUUUAGAAAGAUUUGCUGUUGAUGAUUUAGAAUUAGCAUACGAUGAGUUCUAUCCCAAAUAUGGAAAGCUUCCAACAGUCCAUGAUUACAGAGUAUUUAUCCUGAACUGGGAAGGUAGGCGACACAAGAAAAGGUCUUUAGCACAAAUGAAGCAAGAUCUAGAGACAAAGGACGACAAUAUUCAUCAGUUAUCUAACCGUGAAAGUAAUCUACGUUUAGCUUUAGAUCAUACUGUCAUGCACAGUGUUAACCAACAGGGUCAGAUAAACAAUUUACUUAGUGAUAAUGAGUCACUUCAUGAUGAGAAUAGUGUGUUAACAACCCAGAGGAAUCAGCUGAGUAAUGAUGUUCGGGACUUACGAGAUGAUAAUAGGCAGCUUAGUAGUGAUAAUAGUAAUAAGGACAAAACAUUAGCUCAACAAGUUAGAGUAAAUUCAUAUCUGAGGAGAGAUGUGUCAACAAGAGAUGCAACCAUUGAACAGAGAAAUACACUAUGUGCUGAACUUAAAACUAAAACUAAACAAUUAUGUAAAACUGUUGAUGGACUGAAAACAGAAGUUACAGAUCUGAAAACAGAAGUUACAGAUCUGAAAACAGAAGUUACAGAUCUGAAAACAGAAAAUACAGAUCUGAAAACAGAAAAUACAGAUCUGAAAACAGAAGUUACAGAUCUGAAAACAGAAAAUACACAGAAAGAUAGCACUAUUUCAGAAUUACAGACAGACAAUACACACUUACAGACAGAAAAUACACAGAAAGAUAGCACUAUUUCAGAAUUACAGACAGACAAUACACACUUACAGACAGAAAAUACACAGAAAGAUAGCACUAUUUCAGAAUUACAGACAGAAAAUACACAGAAAGAUAGCAAAAUUAAGAAUUUAAAUUCUGAAACAAAGAAUUUGAAGAAAGACAAUAUUUUAUUGUAUCAGAAGUUAGAAGAAACAACAGAAAUCUGUGAACAAAAGGACAGGCAGUUAAGAAUUCAAAAAAUUAAAGUGGAUGAUUUGCAAUACCAAAUGUCUGAAACCGGUGACAGAAUUGCUAGGUUAGAAAAAGUGAAUGAGGACAAAUGUGAUGAAAUAAAUAGACUAAUAGGUAAUAAUGAUGAGCAGGCUGAACAUAUCAGGUCACAGAACAACACCAUUGAUGAUCUGAGACAUCGGUUACAGGAGCAAGAGAGUAUCAACAGAGAUCUGUACUCACAGAUUGCUGAACUCAGGCAGCUAGUUUUAGCACAAAUAGGGGCAGCAGAAGAAUAAAGAUGUUAAAAUUACAAGAUCAUACAGUUGUAUAGUGCUAUACAUAUUUAAAUCACAUUUGUUAAAGAAUAUUAUUUGUUUCGAUAUAUUUCUUGUUCAUUGAUGACAUUGUUUCUUAUUA